CGCUGUCUCCUGUCGUCAUUCAUGUCAGUCCGAAUAUCACACACAAGCAAUCCACACAUUUGGAAAAAUUAAUAAUGUAAAUAGAUUAUCCACUCGCGGCCACCAAGCGAACAAAACACACCGCGAUCGACCACCUCGACCGCACCACCAGGUUACCACCGUCUCACGUAACAGCUGCACCCGUUGAAACACCGCGCGAUGGGGUUGUGGGGGGCUGCGACACCGUGUGAGACCGAUGUUGCUAAGGCCACUGAUGAGAAAAACACCAAGGAGGAAUGGGGCCUCAUUAUGGAGGUGUGUGAUAAGGCAGGGAAGACGCCUGCCGCCGCCAAGGAUUACAUGAAGGCCAUCAUCAAGCGAGCCAACAAUACAGAUCCACAUGUUGCCAUACAAGCUGUUACGCUGCUUGAUGCAUGUAUAAAGAACUGUGGGAUGGUAUUUCAUCUGGAGAUUGCCUCUAGGGAGUUUGAGAAUGAAUACAACAAGCUGUUACAGAAGAGCCAUCCACAAGUGAACAAGAAACUGAGGGAGAGCUUGAAGAAGUGGGCUGAGAAUGAGUUUAAAAGUGAUCCACAGCUAAAUCUCAUUCCUUCAUUGUAUAAUAAACUGAGGAAUACUGGAUUAGAUUUUAGUUUUGAGGAACAACCAAAACGAACGGUGCAAUUAAGUAAGGACCCGAACGUAGUACAGUCGCAAGAGGAAGAGGAUCAAAUCGCAAAAGCCAUCGAACUGUCCCUGAAAGACGCCGGCGGCAGCUCGCCGCAUAAUAACAGCUCCGCUUCCGCAUACUCAUCCAAUGCGAACGCAUCCUCGUCGGCAGGUACAUCAUCAUUGUAUCCCUCAACGAAUGUCAGUGCGAUGGGUGCUGUUGCGGCGGGUGGCAGCGGAGCGGUAGUGAAAGAACAGCGUAAAGUGCGUGCGCUUUAUGAUUUCGUCGCUGCUGAGGACAACGAGCUGACUUUUAACGAUGGAGAAAUCAUAUUCAUAAUCGAUGAUUCGGAUCCGAACUGGUGGAAAGGCAGCAAUCAGCGGGGCGAAGGGUUGUUCCCCGCUAAUUUUGUCACGACUGAUUUAUCAUUGGAUCCUCAACAAUUAAUGGAAGAAAAAAAGAAGAAAAUUGACAUGUUGGACGAUUCGCUGGAUAAGAGAUUAGAUGAAAUCAAAGAAGAAGUCUCCGAGAUUGAUGAGGCGAAAAUCGAUCGACUUUUGCACCUGCUGCAUGAAGCUGACCCGACUAAUCCUGAAUAUGACACCAAAGAAAUGCUAAGUCUUGAACGUGAAGUAAACAGUAUGGGAACGCUUAUUGAUAAAGAACUUGAGAACGUAGAUCGAAAACACGCUCAACUGACGCAGCUUAGCUCCGAUUUGGUGGAAGCAUUGAGUCUCUAUCAUUCGCUGAUGCGUGAGCCGCCGAUUUCUGCAUUGGGCGGCAUUAAACAACCCGGUUAUCAUAAUUUUACUGGAGGACCACCACCUAAUCAUAUGCCGCCGCCUCCCAAUCAUAUGCCACCACCACCACAUAUGAUGUUUAAUGGAAAUAUGCCGCCGCAUUCCCAACCGCCUCCACCGCAUCCCUCGAUGUUCAACACGAUUGGUCAUGACAGGCAAUUCAUGCCUCCCCCGAAUGCUGUAAUGAUUCCCCGAAUCAUUUCAACACGCUGCCGCCUCCAAAUAUGUUGCCGCCCCAAGCGCAGCCACCACAACAGCAACAACCACCACCGCAGCAUCCCACUCAGAAUGGACCACCUCCGCCACCACAACAUCUCCAACAACAACAACAACAGCAGCAGCAACAUCAACCGCCGGCGAUGGUGCCUCCGCAUAUGCAGGCACCGCCGCCACAAAAUGAUCCAAGAGGAUUUCCUCCGCAGCAAGCAUUUAACGGCGCUUUUCCAGGUGGUUUGAAUCAUCCGAAUGCAUCGUUUACGUCUCUACCACCGCCGGGUGUUUAACACGGAUGCAAUUCUUUUCCGUUUUACCAAUCGCGUUAUGUACUACUAACUUUUAUAAAAAUCUCAUCGUUUCAAAACACCGGGUUUAUUUGAAUUGUAAGCAGAAUAAGAAAAACUAAGCCAUAGCGUUGCUUAUUAUAUCCGUUUAUGUUAGAUUUUAUUCGAUGAUACGAGAUGGCAACAGAUUUAAACAAUUUACGUUGAUGUGAUGCAAAAUGAGGAAAUAGGAACUAAUUAAGCGAAUGUUGAUUGAGAUUACUACUGCACUAUUUUUUUAAAUCAUGAAGCGCGCCUUCAAUAAAAGCAAAAUAGCGAGUGUCGAAAUUUUAUUAUUAUUAUUGUUACGUUCCGCGUAAUUCGGAGGCGAGAUGUAUGUUCUUUUGUUGAUGUCUGCGGUUGAGCGUUGAGAAUCUGAUGGAAUGGACGUAAAGUUUGCGAGGAGAUAUUUAAGACAAGAUACUGUAUAAUAGAUUAUAUGAUAAUAUAAAUAAAUAUUGCGUAAUAAAUAUUAUCAAUAAUAAA